AUGAGUUCAUCUACAAAAUCUGAAGAUAAUGGUGUUCAAACAAGAACAAGAACUGAUACAGAGCCACCUUUGAUUCAAGGAGUGGAAUUGAUAAGACAAGGCGAACCAAGACAUGUUUUAACAACAUGGUGGUUGCUAGCUAAUGGAGGGCCAAUCGAAUGGGGUAACACCUUGAUUCAAUCAAAACUUGUCCCGGUCUUCUAUGGGAUCUCAGUCGUAACUACCUCAAUGGAACUUUACCUCCCCCAAUGGGCUACUAUGUGUUUGGUUGACCUCAUUCUGGCUUCAAAUGAAUUAUCUGCCCCACUGCCUGUUGGACUUGGAAAACUUACAAACUUGACUAAUAUGAAAGGUCAAAUGGCUCAAUGCCUUGUUGGUGCAGAUCUACAUGGGGCACUUAUUCUAGUUGCACAAUGCAAAAUGGCUGGUUUCACUGGACAUGUUGCUGCUGAAGGCACAACCUUGGUCAAACAGACAGAAGAUGCUGCAAGUAAUAAGAAGGCAGAAAAGAGAUUGCAUGUUGAUCUUGCUACAUGGCCAAUAAUGAUCUUUAGAGUCUGCUAGAAGGAUUGGAGAUUGCAGUUAAGCUUCUUUUUAAGACUUCACGCCA